AUGACAGAUCUCACGCCUCUCUUUCGACAAUGUGUCAAUAUAGUUCAAUCAGAACUAGGUGAUUCAAUACAACCACAACCACAACCAAUCAAACACCAAGAUGAGCAAAACUACUUUGUCAACGACACCUUCAUAAAAGAAUCGCAAGAAUUCUACACCAUGUUAAUUCAGAUGAACAAAUACAUCAGGGAUAUAAAAGCACCAUACCUCGCCAUCAGUGACGAAUACGCCAACACUUCAACUCUAUCAAUCGACGAUAAAAACGAAAUAGACCAGGACUUUAACUUCAAGGUUCAACAGAUGUACAAGAAACUCAACCAUUUGGAAGUAUACGAGAGCAAACGACAAAAACUCACUAAUGACCAAGAUAACACGCGUGGUGGUUGGUUCAAUCGCGUGUUCACCGACGAUGAAGCGUCGUUCUACCAUGAAACAGUCGCAGCCCAUAGAAAACAAGUAUUGCUAUUCCUCAUGGAAACUUUAAAUUACGUUAAUAAAACCUUUGAUUCCAUUCAACAGAAGCGAUUGUCCCGAGAACGACAAUUGAACUUGUUGAACUUCCAAGAUAUUCAAGACGAUCAAAUGGAUGUCGACCAUAUUGCCAACGAUUUGGAUAUAAUCGACACCAAUGGCCAAUUCGAAGAUGAACAAGUACCAUCAGACCAACUACAAGAAUUGGAGUUUGAAAAUAGAGAGUUUUUGAAUCUCAAAACUACCCAAUUGAAACAAGUUGAAAAAGUGCAACAGUCUAUUCUUGAUAUCGUCAAUAUCCAAAACGAAUUAUCAUUUAAACUUCAAGAUCAAGGAAAUCAAAUUGGCAAUCUUAUGGAUACCCAUUCCGAAAUAGAAAUGGAAGUUACCUUGGGUAACAAAACCUUGAACAAGUCUAAAAAGAGCAACAAAAAAGCAGCCAAUAUGCUAGUCACCAUGGCCGUAAUAUUCGGAGUUUUCAUUUUGUUUGUAGAUUACAUUUCGUUUUAA